UUUGUUGCAAGGUCAGCAAGGAAGGGGGAGGGGCUCAAAGCAAAGUAGAUCUUGUGUGGUGUGUGUACGCGUGUAGCUACACAGAUUUAGCUUUUGAGUCACUGUUGUUGCCUAUAGCGAAUGUUGCAAGCACUGGGAAGCUGCAAUGAGCUCAGUCUUAAGUGCCAAGCCUAAGUCAUUCACCAGAGAUGCAGUUUCAUCCGUUUCUGUACGCAGCAAGAGCGCAGGGACUGUCAAAACAAACGUCAAAACAGACAAACCUCCACGACCAGCUAGCAAGAAAGCCACCAAGUCAUCUUCUGACAAGCUGAGAGCCAAAGAGGAGGAGUAUAGGCGUAUCAAUGCAGAAAUCGAAGCAAAAACGUCGGAGCUGGUCAAAGAAGCUGAAGAACUUUUGAAGGGGGACCUCUCUGCUCUUAUGGAGGAUGCAUCGCCACGCCCACACUCUCCACAUAGUUACAAUGACGCCCACUCACCCUUCCACACCAGUCACUCCCCUCGCGAGUUGCUUAGCAACCUUUUGAACGAAGACAAUCUAGCUUCGAAUACAUCUGCGUCAGUCAAAUCUAAAUCUCAACAAAGACCGAGUACAGUAUCCAUGGCAACAGCACAAUCCCAAUCUUCUAUUCCCACUCGACCUCACUCGUCCACACAGAGGCGUCCCCAUUCCAAACCAACAGGGCCGUCUCAGUCACGUUCUAAAACUUCCUCAUCAGCACAGGGCCACCCCCAUUCCAAGCCAAGAUCAAAACCCCUUCCUCAGACCACCUCCAUAAGGCCGGAUAUAGAGAGCGCAAUGGAGAGACUGGAGCUAGAGGGCAACUCCACACUCAGUGAUGAUGACAUCAUCCCUCAAGUGGCGGAGGGCAUGGGAGCAGAGGCGACUGUUCGGUUCUUGAAGGCCAAGCUGAGAGUGAUGCAAGAAGAGAUGGACAGGCUCCUGCAAGAAAACAGGGAAAAGGAGAAGUGUCUCCAGGAGACGGAGAAACAGUUCAAGGAGGUCAGUGAAGCAGCAGGGAAGGCUCAGCGAGGGCACGCAGCUCUAGUGGGACAAGUGGACAAGUUCAGAGCACUCUCUGAGACACACAAGCACAAGAGUAAUGGACUAGAGACACAGCUAGUAGCUCUCAGGAAGGAGCUGGAUGGCUUGAAGGGGUCACAACGUAAGGCUGCCAGUACUCAGAGCAGUGUGGAGGUGAGACUAAACAGAGCUCUGGAGGAAGUCGAGAAGUACAAGGCAGCAUUGCACAAGGCCAGGGCUGACUCCAAGGACUCCAGUAAGGCUGAUCGUCAGAGACUAGACCAGUUGACUGCUGACAAUAAACAAUUGGAGAGACAGAAAACAGAACUCAUUGGUGGUUUCAAGAAACAGAUGAAACUUAUUGACGUUCUAAAAAGACAAAAGAUGCACAUUGAAGCUGCUAAGAUUUUGUCUUUCACUGAGGAAGAGUUUGUCAAAACUCUUGACUGGGGAUCGUCGUGAGCAACGUCUCUUAACACUCCAUAACUAUUAUACUAUUACCUUUGAACAUUCUAGUAUCUUGAUCGAUUGUCACACCUUUUCAUUUUGUUUAUUACUACCCAUUGCUUCCGUACUCCUUGUUCUAUGAUAUCAGAAAUUAUACCUACAUUAUACUAUGAA